GUUCUGCAGUAAUUGGGGCUGAAGCACAUUCCUGCUUUUCAAGGCUUUCUGUUAAGGAUUUAUUGUGGCUUUUGUUUGGAUUGCAGCGUACACAAUUACAGCUGUAUAGAGGAGACUCAUUACAACUCCUGAUGAAGCUCCUAAUCUUCCUCCCUUCUCUUCUGCCCCUUUUCCCUACCCCCACUUGGCCUGAAGACAUUGCCCCCAGAGUUUGCCUUACUCCCCUGGUGCUAUGUGUAUGGUGAACCCGCCACUAUGGCCGCAUCUGGGACUGGCCAGACAACUGCUGUUGGCUCUCGCAAUUCCAAGAAGGAUUUAAAGGGGAAUUGUACUGCAGGCAAUGCACCAGAGCAGCAGCAUCAGGAGCGUGGGGACUAAGGCUCCUUUGACAUUAUUAUACAUACACAGAGCUGGCCGCAAUGACAGCAGCUGCUCCUUCGAACUGCGGGCAGCAGCCAAGCGGCAGCAUGAAGUGACAGAUCAUCCUGAGCUCAAGAUGAACUUCACCUUGGAUGGUAAUCAGAGCAGCCGCCCCUUUUGCCUCUUGGCAUUUGGUUAUUUGGAAACUGUCGAGUUUUGCCUUUUAGAAGUGUUGAUUAUUGUCUUUCUAACUGUAUUGAUUAUUUCUGGCAACAUUAUUGUGAUUUUUGUAUUUCACUGUGCACCUUUGUUGAACCACCACACUACAAGUUAUUUUAUACAUACUAUGGCAUAUGCUGACCUUUUGGUUGGGGUUAGCUGCCUAGUCCCUUCCUUAUCACUCCUCCACUACCCCUUGCCAGUAGAGGAGUCCUUGACUUGCCAGAUAUUUGGUUUUGUUGUAUCAGUUCUGAAGAGUGUGUCCAUGGCCUCUCUGGCUUGCAUCAGCAUCGACAGAUAUAUUGCUAUUACUAAACCUUUAAUCUAUAAUACCCUGGUUACACCCUGGAGACUACGCCUGUGUAUCUUACUGAUUUGGUUAUAUUCCACUUUGGUCUUUUUGCCUUCCUUUUUCUACUGGGGCAAACCUGGAUAUCAUGGAGAUGUGUUUCAGUGGUGUGCGGAGUCCUGGCACACCAACCCCUAUUUCACCCUGUUCAUCGUGAUGAUGUUUUAUGCCCCAGCAGCUCUCAUUGUGUGCUUCACCUAUUUCAACAUCUUCCGCAUAUGCCAACAGCACACAAAGGAAAUCAGUGAAAGGCAAGCCCGCUUCAGCAGCCAAAGUGGAAAGGCAGGGGAAGUGCAGGCGUGUCCCGAUAAGCGCUAUGCCAUGGUCCUGUUCCGAAUUACUAGUGUAUUUUAUAUCCUCUGGUUGCCAUAUAUCAUCUAUUUCUUGUUGGAGAGCUCCACUGGCUUCAGCAACCACUUUGCAUCCUUCUUGACCACCUGGCUUGCUAUUAGUAACAGUUUCUGCAACUGUGUCAUUUAUAGUCUCUCCAACAGUGUCUUUCAGAGGGGAUUAAAACGUCUCUCGGGGGCCAUGUGUACUUCUUGUGCAAGUCAGACCACAGCCAAGGACCCGUACACAGUAAGGAGCAAAGGCCCCCCUAAUGGAUGCCAGGUCUAAAGUGGCACAGAUUAUUGAGUCACUGGGUGUAUGUGUGUAUUUAUGUCUGU